GUUUUGGUUUGCCCUCGCAUCAUGUGCCGUGCAACGCCAUUGCUCGUGUGUCGAAAGUCACGUAAUCCGCUUGCGGGAUGCAUUUUUUACCUUCGACUCGGCUGGCUUGGUGGUGCACUGGAGUGAGUGAGUCGGAGUGGUCGAAUGCAAUCACCUGCGAAGGGUAAACAAUCCCCCACCCUGGGAGUUGCCUUUCAUCAGCGCGUUUCGUUCGCAACGCUACACCAUUCAGACACGUUGAUUUUUUGUGUUUUUGGUCAAUGCUUAACAUCACUUGAACCGCGUGAGCAUUGGGACGUGAGUGUGAACUGUGUAAGUGUGCUGUUGACCCUGUUGACCUAACCAGCCAGCCAGCCAGCCAGCCAGCAAGGAAUUUGAAGAUUGGCCAACGGACAAAAUUAACCAUCAUUCGGUACCGUUCGGAACGUUUAAACAAAGCGUGAAUAGUGUGCAACGAGAAAACGGUGGAUGUUACCAUGGCAGCAGCACAAGUAGAACAGCAGCAUCCGUUGGCGAACGACACGAAGGUCGUGAAGGCGAAACCCGUCCGCAAGGUUUUUAAGGGCGCAUCGCGCGUUAUCAACAAAAUACCGGCCAGCUUGCUGAACGAUCCAGCCCUGAACGAGGCCAUCGCGGCCCUGCCCACCAACUACAACUUCGAGGUGCACAAAACGAUAUGGCGCGUGCGGGAAACGAAGGCCAAGCGGGUCGCGCUCCAGAUGCCGGAGGGAUUGCUGAUGUUUUCGCUCGUCCUAAGCGACAUCAUCGAACGGUUCACCGAGGCGGACACCGUAAUUAUGGGCGACGUGACGUACGGUGCCUGCUGUGUGGACGAUUUUACCGCCAAAGCGCUCGGGGCGGAUCUGCUCGUGCACUACGGCCACAGCUGCCUGAUUCCGAUCGAUCAGACCACCGGCAUCAAGGUGCUGUACGUGUUCGUGGACAUUAAGAUCGACACGCUGCACUUUGUCGAGAGCGUGAAGCUAAACUUUCCCCGCGAGCGUAAGCUAGCGUUCGUUAGUACGAUACAGUUUGUGGCCACACUGCACGCCGCGGCAAAGGAGCUGCGCGACGUCGGAUACGACGUACUGAUACCGCAGUCUAAACCACUCAGUCCGGGCGAAAUUUUGGGCUGCACGGCACCACGGAUGGGGAGCGGCGACCAGGAAGCUGCCCGCACGCUGCUCUACCUUGGCGAUGGGCGAUUCCACCUGGAGGCGGCCAUGAUUGCAAACCCGGCCCUGGAAGCGUACAAGUACGAUCCGUACGAGAAAAAGUUCACCCGCGAGCUGUACGACCACGAAACGAUGCGUCGCAACCGGAAGCAAGCGAUCGAUAAUGCUCGCGAUGCGCGACGGUUCGGGCUCAUACUGGGGACGCUUGGGCGCCAAGGUUCGACGAAGGUGCUGGAGCAUCUCGAGGGACGGCUGAAACACCACGGGCGGGAAGCGGUGAUCAUACUGCUAUCGGAAAUCUUCCCGUCCAAGUUGGCCCGCAUGGAACACAUCGAUGCGUUUGUGCAGGUCGCCUGCCCGCGCCUUUCCAUCGACUGGGGUACGGCCUUCACGAAACCGCUGCUUACCCCGUACGAACUUUCCGUUGUGCUCGGAGAUGCCGAAUGGAACAUACCGGAGUGUACGGCGGCAACCGAAGAGAAGCCCAAAACCGUACCCAACCUGGAGGUUGCCUAUCCGAUGGAUUUUUACGCCAAUGCAAGUCUCGGCCAGUGGACGCCCAACUUCAAGAAGCUGGACAUCUGUGAAAACUCCACCGGUGGAUGCUGCGGUCGCUGCAAGGAGGAAAAGGACAAGGAGGACCACAAGGAGGGAACGCAGGCAACGCCGGCACAGAUUGUCGUGGGCGAAGAAUAGUUUGAAAUCGGUGAAAUGUGAAAAGAUGCUGACGUUUUUUUUUUUUGCUAGUAAUAGAAAGGGAGGGAAUUAUUAUUUAUACAUUGCGUACGCCACUAGACUAAACCGGAACUGCCACAAGCACAUGUUACGAACCAUAAUCGUAUCGUAUACUCGCGUAGUUUUAUAAGAACGUGUAAAUAAAUGACAUACGCUAAUUAUCGAAA